CCGACGGCGCACACUCUCUGCUUCCGGCGGCGUCGGCGGCGGCGCAGCUAGUGGGGCGGUGGCGUGAACUCCGUUUCCGGUGGCGCGAGCGGCGCAUCGAGUGGAGAGUCAUCUUCGUGCGGCAGCGAAUCCGUGCUGCCGCCGGACGGGUUCAGCCCCUCAGCUCGCCGCAACCUCUGUUCCGGGGAGAAGCGGCGUCGGCACGGGCGGCGGCCACUCCGUGGGGUGCUCGCGGCAGCCGGACGUGACCAGAUUCCGUCAUGUCGUCGUUCGCCGGUGUGUCCGUAGUCGACGGCGACAAGGAGUGCUCUUGCGACACAUCGGCCGUCCACGCCGGCACCGACAACGGGUAUCACCUGCUCGUGGUUAGGGGCUACCCGGGUACAGCAGAGGGGUCACCCACCGGCGACAGCAUCACCACCGGUAUUUUCAUGGUAGGAGGCUAUUAUUGGUACAUCCAGUACUACCCUAACGGCUUAAACCCGGAUUGCGCCGACUACAUUUCCCUCUAUGUAGCCCUUGUCUACGACAACGACGAUGCCGAGCGUGGCCUGGCCGUGGAGGCCAAGUUCAGUUUCAGUCUCGUCGACCAUGUUGAGAAGCAGAAUCCAGUGUACAUUUGUGAAGCUAACAAGACUUGCACCUUCUCCAGCAGUGCUACUUCGUGGGGACGCAACAAGUUUCUGAGAAGAGAUGCCCUCGAAUGGUCAUCGGAUUUGAAGGGUGGUUGUUUCACCAUCCGGUGCGACAUCAUGGUUGUUUGCCAGGAUUCCAAAACCGAGGACGCCGGUCGCACCCUGUCUGGCAUACACCACCAUUUUAACAACCUUUUGCAGACCAAGGUGGGUGCUGAUGUGACAUUUGAGGUCAGUGGCGAGAGGUUCGCUGCACACCGGUGCGUGCUUGCAGCCAGGUCUAAAGUAUUCAUGGCACAACUCUUUGGCCCCAUGAAGGAGGGCACCACUACAUCGACCGUCAUAGAGAUCAAAGACAUGGAAGCAAAAGUGUUCAGGGCUUUGCUUAUCUUCAUCUACACAGAUGUGUUUCCCUUGCCCUUGAGAGAGGAGGACAGAAUGGGGGAGGAUGAAAUGUCAGUAAUUAUGGAAGAAGUAAAAGAAGUGGAAGCAGUACAGGAUGAAUUGAGGCUGCAAUGUUUGCAACACUUGUUUGUGGCAGCAGACAGAUAUGAUCUCCAACAGCUCAAGUUCAUCUGUGAACAACAGCUGUCUGAACACAUAGGUGUGACCUCGGUGAUGUCCACUCUUGCUCUAGCCGAGCAGCACCACUGCCAGGGAUUGAAGGAGGCAUGCUUCAAGUUUAUCCAGAUCCAGUCUCCCUCGUGCUUGCAAACAGUAAUGUCGACUAAUGGCUGGGACCAUGUAUAUACGACCUAUCCCUCGGUUUUUAAGGAGUUCAUUGCCAACCUUGCUUCAAACCAGCAGAAGUAACACCCUGUGUACGUGCUCGGAUGGCUGAACCGGGGCAUUGGCUGUGUGUAUGUAUGGAUUGUACCGAGGAGGGUCUUGGAAUACACGGCCUGAUCAUCCAAACUGAAGAGUAGUAGAUGCAAGCAGGAAGAUAUCUUUGCUUGUCUAGUGUAGAAAUUGUUCAUACGUGAUAGAAAGAGACCAGGAAAUUGUUGGAGCUGCUUGUUAUUUAUUUGUGCUACUUUAUUUAGUUAGUUCUGGCAGCUGGUGCUGCGGAAUAGAAACACAACUAUACAUCACUGUUUUUUUCUCUCUGGAAGGUUGAACUCCAAUGCUUUAGUUGUACUCUGUGUAUUUUGAACCAUAGAUGAUUGC